GUCGGUUCGGUUUAGUGAACCGUGGUUGCGGCAAGAUCUGGAUUGGAAAUGAUGUCCGUCUCGCAGUGCGACGUCGGUAUCAAGCGCGAUGGCUUGGCGCUCGCCGAGCUCCAUGAGCAAGCGCUUGGUCUCCAAGGACUUCUGCACGAGAUCUGCACGACGAUGACGAUGCGCAUUCAGGCUGUCGCGUCGUCUGUCGAGGCGAGCGAGGCCGCCGUCGAGGCGCAGCGGGCGGCGACGACCGAGUUCUUGGCCACGCACGAGCCGGUCAUUCUCAACAUCAACUCGAUCUUUGACGCGCUUCAAGGCCAGUCCGUGGACCCCAACAUGGUCGGCGGCGAAGAGGGCAAGACGCUCUUCGACUUUGUCGAUGGCGACACGGUGCUGCAGCUGCAGAAGGACGCUGCCGCCCAUGGCACCAUGCUGCAUGCGCUUGUGGCCAAGCAUGCGAUGGCCCUCGAUACCAUCCGAUCCAUGCUCCAAUUCUACCACACGAUCGAUUUUGAGAUCCUUGGUGACGCGUCGUCGUCGUUUGAAGCGAUUGCGAUACCAGGCGGCGACGUGUGGGCGACGGUCUCCAGCCACGUCGGCGACCUCGUUGCCCGCACCGCCGAGAACAUUCCGCAGCACCGCACGCUGCUCGAUGGCAGCACGGCCGCCCAAGUGUCGUCAUCGUCCCUCGCGCUGGUCCAGGCCAGCCAAGACGCCGUCGACCGGCUGAGUCUGCUCUACGACACAGCCCUCGACCACUUUGUCGACAUGGAGCAAUGCGACCGCAAGAUCGUCGAGAGUUUUGCCGACAUGCACGACGCCAACGUCGAGUACGAGAGCCUCUACAGCGCGACCCGCGCGCUGUACGAAGAGCUCUUGACGCUCCACGGUUUCUACGCGCAGUUCCAAGCGUCGUUUGAUUCGCUGGCCAUCGAACUCGGACGGCGAAAGGCCUUUGCCCAGCAGCAUCUGCACGCGGCGCGGGAGAUGCAAGCGCGGCUGCGCGCGGCCGAAGAGCGCGAGCUCGAGGCACGGCGAGCGUACGCGUCGCAGCACCUGCGUUUUCUUCCAGCAGCGCUGGCCCCGCUCGUCGAGGAAGCGCCGUGGACGACGCGACUCGACGUUGUGCGUCCGAAUAUCCCCGAGUCGUGA